CCCAGUGAUGUUGCGAAACCUUCUCACAUAGUGGGUAGAUCAACAGCUCCGAGACUUGAACCAUAACCAUGGCAAAUCCCUUGAACGUCUACAGAGGACCCGACUCGGUCCGCAACUACUUCCACCCCGAGUCGUCACCGCCGCUCCCCCUGGUCGAGAUACCCGACUGCCUCAACCCGUACCGCCGAGAUGGCGUCCACAUCUACGCAAAGAUGAUGUCGAUGCAUCCCGCAAACAAUGUCAAGUCGAUGCCUGCUCUGAAUCUCCUCGAGAACAGCGUGGACAAGGCAAAGACGCGCACCGUAAUCGAGUACAGCUCAGGAUCCACCGUCAUCUCCAUGUCAUUGAUUGCCCGCGUCUUUCACAAUCUGACCGACGUGCGCGCCUACUUGAGCAACAAGACAUCCCCGGCCAAGCUCCGCUUGAUGCAAUUUUUUGGCCUCGACAUAACACUCUUUGGCGGUCCGUCGCAGCCCGAGCCCGAUGACGAGCGCGGAGGAAUCCGGGCUGCCGAGAGGCAAGCCAAGGAAGACGACUCCAAGAUCAAUCCGAACCAGUAUCACAAUGACAACAACUGGAAGGCGCACGUCCGGUGGACGGGCCCGCAGAUCCUCGCCCAGCUGCCCGAGAUUAACGUGCUCUGCGCGGGAAUGGGAACAUCAGGAACCAUGACUGGGUUGGGCACGUACUUCAAGAACACCAAGCCUAGUGUGUACCGUGUUGGGGUAUGCACCGCCCCCGGUGACCGCGUCCCCGGUCCGCGCUCGCACGCACUGCUGGCCCCCGUCCAGUUCCCCUGGAAGUCGUCCGUGGACCACAUCGAAGAGGUCGGCUCGCACGACUCCUUCUCGUUGUCGCUGAGCCUCUGCCGCGAGGGCCUCGUCUGCGGCCCAUCGUCCGGCUUCAACCUCAAGGGCCUGUACCAGUUCCUCGCCGCGCGCAAGGCCGACGGGUCGCUCGCCCAGCUCGCGGGCGAGGACGGCGAGAUCCAUUGCGUUUUCCUGUGCUGUGAUCUGCCGUACCAGUACAUCAACGAGUACUUUGAUAAGCUGGGCCCCGAGUAUUUCCCCACGAUCCAUAACGAGCACUUGACCAAGGUGGACCUCUACAGGUACGACGACAGAUGGGAGAAGGAGCCCGCCGAGGCGCUCGACUUGUUCUUCACGCAGGACGACGCCCUGGCAAGCGCGCUGGUGCCCAUCACGUCCAAGGUCAAGCCCCAGCCGCAAACGUCCAUCAUCGACCUCCGGCAGCCCCUCGACUUCAACGACUUCCACCUCCCGGGCUCGGUCAACGUGCCCUUUGUCCAUGAGGAUACGCCCAGUCCCUUCUCCGAACCUGAUGUUCUCGAAUCUCUCUGGAAGAGGCUGGAGGAGACCUUCAAGGCGCCUAGUGCCGAGCUGCUGCAUCUGCUGCAGGGCAGACGUGUCUUACUUGUCUGCUAUGAUGGGGAUAGCGCGAGGGUGGCGACGAGCGUUCUCAGGGCCGAGGGACACGAGGCGGAUAGUCUUAAGGGUGGGUUCAAGGCGCUCAGGAAGAUGAGGGAGAAGUCUCUCUCGGACGGUGGGUUUCAUGUUAGAAACAAAGCUGAUGUGGAGUCUGUUGCGCCUCAAUUGGGUCUCAAUCCCGUUGCUGUGUAG